GACAUGCGAGAUAUAAAAAAAGACAUUCGUUCAUCAAACACCGGUCCUAACAAGGAGUUGCCAGCCCUCGACGAGCUUAAUACACCUUAAUCCACCCGAAAGCUCCAGCAGCUCAAGCUUCCAAUCUCAACCUCCCCUCCCCCUCCCUAAUCAACUAGCCCACCAUGCCAUCCCCACGGCGCAUACGCCUCCUCUUCUACGUGGUGCUAGCCGGCGUGGUGACAAUGCUCUUCUUCACGGCGCAGCAGCGGCAGUCCCGGCCGGCGGACACGCGGACGCUGCGGGACUUUUACGGCAAGACGAUGGGCGCGAUGGACAAGGCGCGAGGCGCCAGCGGCGGCGGCGGCGGCGGCGGCGGCGGGCAGGCGGUGAUGGACAAGGCGACGGGCGACGUGGACGGCGACGGCGACAUCGACGAGGACGACGAGCGCCUCGCUAGGGAGACGUCGGAGCGGCUGAGGGCUGCGGAGCAGAAGGCCAAGGAGCUGGCGAACGCGAAGGGGCCGAACAGGCCGGACCCGCCGCGCGAUGUCAUUGGCGUCGGGAGCUCGGCCGAGGGGCAGGUCAAGAAGGUUGGGGCCGGUGCUGAUGGUGCCGGGGAGGAGGUCGUGGAGUCGGAGGAGGAGCACGAGGUCGAGGUGGUGCUGAAUGGGAUUCUGAAGAAAGCUCCUGUCAUCAUCUUCUCAAAGUCGUAUUGCCCUCACUCAAAGAGGGCAAAGGGCAUCCUCCUCGAGAAAUACGUCAUCGACCCGCCGCCGUUCGUGGUUGAGCUCGACACGCACCCGCUGGGGCGGCAGAUACAAGACAGACUCGGGGAGACGACGGGUCGGUCGACGGUGCCCAACGUCAUGGUCAGCGGCAAGAGCAUCGGCGGCGGCGACGAGAUCGCCGCCCUUGACAGCCAGAAGGCGCUGGCUGAGACCAUCAGGACAUAUGGCGGCAAGGCCGUCGGUGUGACGGAACGCUUUGCUGGGAACGGAAGGGUGAUAUAAUCCGCCAAUUUUUUCUUUUCCCAUUGGCAAAAUAAUCUGCGCGAAAUCACCCGAGAACCAGUUCCACUAGGUAC